AUGAAGAAAAACGCCUCUCUCAGAAAAGAGAUGCAUGAAGAAAAACGUCUCUCUCUCAGAAAAGAGGAGCAUGAAGAAAAACGCCUCUCUCUCAGAAAAGAGGCGCCUAGAGAAAGGCCUCUCCCUCUCAGAAAAGAGGCGCAUGAAGAAAAACACCUCUCUCUCAGAAAAGAGGCGCCUAGAGAAAGGCCUCUCCCUCUCAGAAAAGAGGCGCAUGAAGAAAAACACCUCUCUCUCAGAAAAGAGGCGCCUAGAGAAAGGCCUCUCCCUCUCAGAAAAGAGGCGCAUGAAGAAAAACGUCUCUCUCUCAGUACAGAGGUGCGUGCAGAAAAACGUCUCUCUCUCAGGAAAGGGGCGUUGAAGAGAAAAUGCGCACGAUUUCAGCAACCCCUUACUCACGAAGAGAAAAGACUUUUAUAUGCAGAACUGGUGGUAGACGACAAGAAUCGAGUCAUUUGGUGUCCAGUCAGGAAAGCAGGAACCACAACGUGGCGCAUUGUCAUGCUCAUCCUCAUGGGCAAGUUCUCGACAGUAAAAGAAGCUUUAGACCAUAUCAUGAAAAACGACUUUCAGUAUGUGACUCGUUUGAGUGAUAAGUAUCUCAACAAUGAGGAUAUCGAAUACAGGCUGAAUACCUACACAAAGUUUAUGGCGUACAGAGAGCCUCUUGGACGUGUCGUGUCUGACUACAGACAAAUUAGACUUUGUGAUACUCCGUUUCGUAAAUCGAUGUGCAAGCGGAUUCUUAGACACAACAACAUUCGCAUUCAAUCAAGUAACAACAAUGUCUCAAUAGUUCUACCGGAGAUAACCUUUCCUCAGUUUGUUAAUUUCAUCACACGUUUUAACGAGAAGAGACAUUAUAUAGAUCUUGACAUUCAUUGGAGACCAACACACUUGAUCUGUCAUCCGUGUCAUAUUGACUAUGAUUAUCUCGUCGAUUUUAGUAGUCCUGGUGUUGUGGACGAAUCUGCCUACGUUCUCGACGCUCUCGGAGCUCCCUCCUGGCUGCAGUUGCCACAAGAAAACCGAUCGGGUAACGAAACAAAGUUCACUUUUCUCUCUCAACUUUCACCUGCUCAAUUUGAACGCUUAAGUUCUCAAUACGACGACGACUACGAGAUAUUUGGAUAUCAGAAGUUAAUUUAAUGAAGUGACUCGGCUCUCCAAUGUACAUGCAACUUUCAUUACGACUAUUCGUUCGCAAGUUUCUAUAUAUUAAUUAAUAGCAAAACAACACUACAGCUUUACUU